GUUGAGGACCACCUUGAUUCCACACAAUGAGCUGAAAAUCGCAUUUUUCUGCCUCUUGCCUUCACAGCUUGCCACUGAAACUAAAGCCAUCAUCACCUGGAUGGAGCGCACCCCAUUUGUACUCGGAGCUAACUUGCAAGGAGGAGAAAAACUGGUGGCGUACCCUUUUGACAUGCAGCGGCCACCACUUUCUAUAACCGACAGCCGGCGUUGGAGAGGAAACUCCGAAAUGAACGAGGAGACGUGGGCUCGCAUCCAGCGGCAGAACGAAGGGUCUCUGAGGGAGACGCCCGACGACGCCAUGUUCAGAUGGUUGGCGAUGUCGUACGCCCACAGCCAUCUGACCAUGACGGAGACCUACAGAGGCUCCUGCCAUGGUGAUGACAUCACUGCGGGACAAGGGAUCACCAACAGAGCCAGCUGGAAACCAGUGGUGGGCAGCAUGAACGACUUCAGCUACCUGCACACAAACUGCUUUGAGCUCUCCAUCUUUUUGGGCUGCGACAAGUUUCCCCAUGAGAGUGAGCUGCCUCUGGAGUGGGAGAACAACCGCGAGGCUCUGCUGUCCUUCAUCGAACAGGUAAAUCGAGGGAUAAAAGGCGUGGUGAGAGACGUGGAGGGAAACAUGCUGUCUAAUGCCACCAUCUCUGUGGAGGGAAUACGGCACGAUGUCAGAACUGCUUCAGGUGGUGACUACUGGCGGCUGUUGAAUCCCGGAGAGUACCGGGUGACGGCCAAAGCUGACGGCUACACCCCUCAGACCAGACUCUGCAUGGUGGGCUACGAUUCCGGAGCCACUUCCUGCAGCUUCACUUUAGCCAAGUCCAACUGGGACCGCAUCAAACAAAUCAUGGCGCUCGGCGGCAACAGGCCCAUUCGACUGGUCCCUAGAGUGGUGAGGACGACUCCGGCCAGCCUCCCUGACACGACCACCGUCGACAGUCACGCCAUCGCUCAGAGAGCGGAGCGCCUCCGGCGGCUGCGGAUCAUGCGUUUCCGCCGGCUGCGGCAGCAGAGAUUACGAGGCGGUCUGAGGACCACUCCCGCUACGACGACCACGACAACGACAGUCCCCACAACGAUACCUGAAACAGAGAAAACCACGUCCUGGUACGACUCCUGGUUCCCGGUGGACAGUUGGAUGACGGAGAACCCGUUCGAUAGCGUCAGCUUUGACUCGGUGCCCACGCAGGACUAUCCGUUUGAAUUCACUAUCGAUUGAUUACUACACUCACAUCCAUGUACGACCGCACUAACCACUUCAAUCUGCUGCAACAUCACAGCUUUAACAAACACACGACGCAAAGGUUGGUCAUUAUUUAGACCUCACAGCGUUUUCACCUCACUGGGUAAACACUGUGAGUGGAGAUCAAUGUGACUUAAGGCGGUGAUACUCAACUUACGGCCCAGGGGCCAAAUCUGAUCCACGACAGGUACCCGGGUGGCCCCCCAACCUUUUUCUAACUCACAAUAAAAAUAAAGUGAUUCACACUGGGAAUGUUUUCGUACUUUUAGUAUACAUAAGGUACCAGAGUGCAUAAAACUACACAAAAAAACUGCAAGUGGAGGAUCCCCCAAAUCCCCCAACAGAGAUCCAUAGCCCUAAGACCCUAAUGUCCUAAAAUUCUAGAUAUGUCCUAAAAUCCUAGAAACGUCCCAAAAUCCUAGAAAUGUCCAA